AUGGUGGAGUUCAAACCCAAGAUCUGCCAGGGAGAAGACUCUGAGGUGACAAGCCACAAAAGAAAGAUCAGCUUGGAUCACCCAGAGUCACCCAGAAAAAGGCAGCGAGGUAGCAGUGAGCCCACUGAAGUGGCAGUGGAGACUGUGCAGGCCAAGGGGACGAAGAGGAAGGCCAGCACCCAAACCAAGACCCCCAGUAAGAAACAGAGGGGUGACCACUGUGACGCAAACACUGACAAGCCCACUGAGGUGUCAGUGGUGGGCGUCACAGAGACUGAGGGUCGGACGGAGAACAACGGGAGUGCGUCCGACUCAGUCAGCUCCACCAACUUUGAGGCCAAGUACCUGCAGCUUCAUAAGCUCGGAGAAGGAGGCUUUGGUUCGGUCUAUGCUGGAGUAAGGAAGUCCGACAGUUUACCGGUGGCGAUCAAAUGCAUCCCUAAAGCUCGUGCCAAAUAUCGGCAAGUGAUGAUAGACGGAAUGGUGUACUCACUCCCUCUGGAGGCGGUCCUAAUGAUGAGGGUGGUCGGACGACAAAAUUUGGUGGGACAGUCUGCUGCUGUCACAUUGUUGGACUGGUAUGAUCUGGGCCAGGAGAUUCUCCUGGUCAUGGAGAGACCAGUCCCCUCUAUGGACCUGUUGGACUAUGUCAACAGCUGUGAUUCUCUGACAGAAGAUCAGGCUAAGAACAUCAUGAAGCAGCUGGUGGAAGCAUGCAUCAAGAUGCACUCGGUGGGAGUCUUCCAUCGGGACAUCAAAACAGACAAUGUCCUCAUUGAGACCAGCUCCGAUGUCCCCCGAGUGCGGAUCAUUGAUUUUGGAUGUGGCUGCUUCAUUGAGAAUGAACCCUGCCGUGUCUUUGCUGGAACAUUUGCAUACGUACCACCAGAGUACCUGAGACACAGAACAUAUGAGGCCGGUCCCACCACAGUCUGGCAGCUGGGCGCGCUGCUGCAUGACAUGCUGGUGGAUCAGUUCACCACCUACAGCUUUCUCCGCAAAGGUUUAAAGUCCAGCAGGCAGUUGUCUAGAAGCUGCCUGAAUUUGUUGAAUGUGUGUUUGGCUGUGGACCCAGAGGAUCGCCCCACUCUGGAGCAGAUGCAGCAGCUCCCCUGGCUCAGAUAA